UGGUCCUGGUUCGAUUGUUCGCGAGUUCGUGUCGCGUGUGUCAAAGCAGCUGUCAAAGUGAUAGGCGCGUUCGGGGGAUUAACUCGAUUAACGCGCGCGAGAGUGAUAAUCGCGAGUUUUGGAGGUCUUUCGGAGGAUGAUGGUAGAGUGAAGUUUGACAGCUAAGUGGGGGAAAGAGCAAGAAUAUUUUUGUGGAGUUAAUUGGCACCACUGAUUAAAUCAGUUUGUGAGUGAGUGCGUGAGGAAGAAGUGACAGAAGAGAGAGAGAGGUCAGCAAGUGGUUGCGGUUGUAAAUAAUUGCAAUUAACAAAAUUGUUUACAAGAAUGCUCAGCGCUGAGAAGGCAAGGGGAAACAAAUUAAAACUACACAAAGUUUGGGUAAAUGUUUUGUUUUGUGGAAAUUCCGGCGAGUCGUGCAACCUGAUCCGGUGAAGAGGGUGAAGAGUGAUAGAACGCGCGACUAGAAAAACUUGGAUGCACUUAUUUAUGCACAUAAAUUGAAUCGAUUCCAGUGAGAGAGAAACGAAGGAAGAGCCGAAGAAGUCGGCUUUUAAUCAGUAACGCAGAGCAAAAUAACAAUAAUAAAGGGCACGAAAGCACCUCGUUAAACCGCAAAGGCAAACGGAAAAACAGGGUCGACAUUAAUAAAACAAUGAUAUUUAAACAUGACCGUAAAAUAUGCAAAUAGAGUUUCAUAACAGAGCGGGACGUGCGACAUAAAGUGUGAGAAGGAGAAGCAGUCAAGUGCAACUGUCGGAACCAGAAGACGCAGCGUCGACAACGACAACAACAGAAGCUGAAGAAGAAUCAUCACCGGUGACGACGACGCGAAACGUCGCGUCGUUGCUCACAAAAAGGAAGCAAGCUAUUGAUUUUCUUUCUUCCCUCUCUCGUUGUGUGUGUUUCACCAUGACAAGAAUCGUUUGAUCUUUAUCACGUUUGAGAAAAAAAAAGUUCAAGGAAGAGUUCGCGAAAGGAGAAGUGAGCAGUUUCAGCAGUGAUUGUCGCGAGCAGAAGCAGCGAAGCAGAAGAAACCACGGUGUUUGAGAAGAAAUCAUUAAGGGGAGGUGUGAGUGAUUGCAGAAAUCGAAGCGAAUCAGUGUAGUGAGUGAUUUGUGAAAUUUCUAAAAAAGAAAAGAGGAGUGAGCAAAAUCCAAGGAAGAUCGUAACCGGAAGCAUCCUGUUUUGAGAAAACCGGGAGUAUCGCAGCCAAAACCGGAGUCUCUUCACCCCACUAAAUCAUUGGAAUUUCCUGAAGAAUGGAUUUGCCGCUUGUUAAAAGGGUUAAAACUUUCCUCCGUCGCCAUAAAUUAUCAUAAUGCAAAAUGGAGCUCUCCACGAUGGGAGGUCGCCGUUUGACCUCUCAGCAGCUACAGCAACUUCAGCAGCAGCACCAGCAACAGCAGCAACAACACUUCAAGCAACAACAAUUCCAGCAGCAGCAGCAACACCAAUACCACCAACAACAACAUCAAACCCAGCAAGCCAUGCUUUUCCAUCAGCAGCAUCAUCAACAGCACCAGCAAUCCCAGCAGGCCCCGCCCUCGCUGAUGGGACCUCCUCCGACGAAUCCGCUUCACCGAUCGGCACCCCGCUUCCAUGGGGCGUCCCGCCACCGGAAGGACUCGCUGGGCAAGAGCGGUGGCAAGUACAUGUACCCCGGCGGGGGAGGCGGAGGUGGAAUUCCGGGAUCGCCGACGAUGGGCUUUGCCGAGAAUAUCUACCAUCCGCAGACGGGACACGGGGGAAUGGUGCACAACAGUAGUGCCAACAGCGUCAACAGUUUGGCCGGAAAUGGGAAGCAUAUGGGGAUCGGACGGUACCCAGAACCGGACCCGGACGUCAUCGAGGUGUACCUGGAGGACGAUCCGGUCAAGCUGAAGGAGGCGGUGCGGGAGGGAAAAGAGAUCAAAUGGCGCAACAACAUCGUGGCCACGAUGGAACGGUACGAACCGGCCCCCAUCUCGGCGGCCACCCUGCCCUCGUCCUACCUCCAUCACCAACAUCAGCACCAGCACAGUCAACACAGCCAGCAGUCGACCGGAAGCAGCAGCACCGACAGCAGCCUCAACCCGGAGUACUCGUACGCGUACUGCGAACCGAUGGUCCUGAAAGCCCAGCAGCAGGAGCAGUCCGGGCCUCCGCCGACGUCGGUCGCCAUUCCGGCGAUCCACAAGCAGCAGCUGCCCUCGUCCGCGUCGAGCAACGCCCUGUCCAAGCUGCCCUCCACCAACUCUCUACGUGCCUUAUUGAGCAAGAGCUUCCGGAAGAGCUCGGUCUCGUCGGUGGCGGUGGCUUCCGGUUCUGCGAACGGGCCCGGACCGUCGACGGCGUCAGCGUCGGGGUCGGUUCCGGGCACGGAGAAGCACACCUUUACGACGCGGUACGGAACGAAGGAGAACAUCUACGAGGAUGUGGGCGCGGGGAGUAGUUUGGGAGUGGCGGGAGCGGCGGCGGCGGCGGCCAAGCCGGGGACCAGCACCAGCAUGCAGAGCUUCGAGUCGGUGGGGAAGUUUAACUUUCAGGACGAGCUGAGGCUGGUGCAGAGUCAGCACGACCGGAUUUUGGGGGAGUUGAAUCUGAGCGUGGAGACGCUGAUUAUGCCGUCGAAGGACGAGCAGGACGCGAUCGACGAGCGGUUGCACGAGAUGCAGUGUGCGGCGUACCAUGAUGAGAUGUCCGCGGACGAUUGCGUGGCGGCAGGUUCGUCCGGUGGAGUUGUGGUGGGGGUUCCGCACAUGCACCUGCAGCAGGAGCGACUGUCGCCGACCACGUCGCAGCCCAACAGUGGCGACGUGGACAGCGGCAUCAGCGGAAGUAGUAGUAGUGGGGCUAGUUAUUCCAGUAGCAUGUUGUACCGAACGACGGCCAUGUACAAUGGUGGAGGAGGAGGAGGAGGAGGUUCCGGAAGUAGUAAAACGGUCACGAUCAACGACAAUGCCGAGGGUAGCGGUUCCGGGAUGUCGAUGAUGGCUGGCGGCAGCUCGAUACGAAGUAGCUGUGGAAGCAGCAGCGGUGGAUGUGAUCGUACUGGCGGGUACUCCUCAUGCGGAGGAGGUCCCGGAACAGGUGCUAGUUGUAGUAAAAUUUCCAAUGUGAUACCCAACUCGAACAGGUUAACGUGUUGCUUCUACUCGGAUAAGCUGGGUCGGGCGACGAGCCGAGCGGAUCAGCUGGACGCGUCGCUUUCCGCGUCCUCCGGAGUGGAGAAAUCCGGCAGUGGAAGCUUCUGGAACAAGCUCGAGUGCUACCACCAUCACCACACGGCGGCGGCGGCGGCGCCACCACCACCACCGCCCAUGGUCACCGUAACGGGGCCCGCGCCCACCACCAUCGAACCGUGGUGGCAAUCGUCCGACCUGUGCCCCUGUCAGGCACCGCUUCCCUGUAUGGAACCACCGUCGUGCUGUUCCCUCGUCGGCCAUCACCCCUACGAGUACCAGCUGCCCUGUGAGGUGCUGGUGCCACCACCGCCGACGGUGGCACCCCGGCCACCACUGCCCCAGCCUCCGCUGCUGCACACGCAAAUCGAGCUGGAGGAGGACGGCGAAGAGGACGGAGUCGGCGCCGCCGACCAGGAGGACCCCAAAACCGAGCAGGAAGAGCUGGGCCCGGCGUAAGCAGGUGAAACUCUCUCUCUCUUUGUGUAAAUAGUAGGCAAAGUUGCGUGCGUCACAGCAACCGUUUGCAAUUUCGCGCUCUCUAAACUCUAUUUAGUGUGUAUAGUAGUGAAAUCGAAGCUGUCACUUUUUGUCGGAAAGCGCGCUGCACGAUGUAAACAAAGCGACGAGCUUCGCUGCGCGAAGCGAAAGGAGGGAGACCAAUUCGAUAUCUGUUUGAUGAGCGAAGCCUGCUUUGUUUACAUUGUCGACGCGUCAAACUCGUUCGGUGAAAUUGAACCCGUUUUGACGUUUGGAACACUCAAUUUUGAUAACUUGUUAUUAUUUCAAAACAAACUUUUCAAAAGGACGUAACUUUAGGUAUCAACAAACAGUUCAUCCUGCUCACUUCGAUUAUUCUAUCGGCGAUAAUCUUAUCGACGAUGAAGGACGGUUACUAAUUUUUAAACUCUAUCUAAAAUUGACUUUUUUCAACCAUAUCAUGUUAAAUUUUCAAUGCUUUCACUAAGAAUGCAGUCCAGACUCGAUUAUCCGGAAACUUGGGAAAAUUUCACUUCGGAUAAUCGAAUCAUGAAUUUUAUUUUCUUUUUCUUAUUCUUGAUUGUCGAUCUUAGGCAUGGCCCAUUAAAUUAUUUAGAAUUUGCAGAAUUUGCAUGCAAGAUGGCGGCCAAAAUGGCGUUGAUAACAUGUUGAAAAAAUGCAGUUUUUAAUUUAAAAGGCAAUCAAAUACAGUGGACUCUCUCAUUGUCGAUAUUGAAAUUACCGCCGAGAGCGAGAGGUAACAAAUUAGAGAACGAAAAAUCAAAGCAUGCUACUUGAAAGUACUGAAAAAUUAAUUUACAGCUGGAGCAAUCUUGAUAUCGAUAAGAUUGACAGCCGGAGAGUCGACUGUAUUAAAAUUUGAUGUAAAAAGUAAAAGAUUAAAAAUAAACAAUUUUUUUGUCAUGAUUCGAUUAUCCGAAGUCCCAUACCAACCUACGGAUAAUCUAGGCUUCGGAUAACUGAGUCUGGACUGUAUUUUUUUGAAAAUAUAUUAAGUUUUAAAGCAUAUAUAUUCAUAAAAUUUCACAAAAUACCGUGUUUUUUGGAAAUACCAAAUUUUAAAUAGUUCACAAUAUUAAACGAAGCUAAAUUUUGAAUGCAUCUUAACGCUUCUGAAGUUUUUUUUUAAAUAAUAUUCAUAUUUUCACAAAACACCGUAUUUUCGAAAAAACUCAAAUUUUCAUUAUUCGGAAUAUGAGAACUAAACGAAGCGAAAUUUUGAAUACAUUUCCGCUUUUUUUAAAUAUUUGUUUGUAAAAUACUCAAAUUUUCACUGUCCUAGAGUUUUUUUUGUUGAAAAUUACUCAUAUUUUCACAAAACAACGUAUUUCCGAAUACGGAUAUCAAACCAAGCGAAAAUUUGAAUGCGUUUCCAAUCAAUUGAAGUGUUUCCGUAAAAUACUAAAAUUUACACUAAUCACCGUAUUUUUUUCGAAAACACUCAUUUUUUAUAAUUUGAAAUUUGGGUACCAAACGAAGGGAGAUUUUGCAUGUUUUUUCACUUAAAAUGUUUGUAAAAUACAAAAGUUUUCACAAAAUUGCUUAUUUUUAAUUAUCGCAUUUUUCAA